UCUAGUCUGUUUGAAUAUGAAUGAAUGAAUUCGUUUAUGUAAGUCUUAUAAAUAGAGGUUAGAACCAAAACUUGUUUUAGUUGGUGACAUAACUUUUGUAGCUAAGCAUAAUAUCAGUGACAAUGUUGAACCAUCCUCUCUAUAUAACAAGUGACCAUGAAUCACUUAUUCCAUCACAUUGUAAUUUCGGAAAAUACAUGUUAGAUACCCUGCGUAAGUACAGCGAUGAAAUUGCCCUGAUAAAUUCAAAAACUGGCCAAAGCAUAACUUACAAAGAGCUAACACAGUAUGCUGUGGACCUAUCCCAUGGUCUUUACAAUCUGGGGGUAAAAAGGGGGGAUGUAGUGGGACUAGGGUCGGAGAUACGCAACGACUUCAUACCCACCAUGUUGGCUGUUUUAAUGACUGGGGCCACCUUCAUAUCUUUAGACUAUCGUGGAGGACAAGAUCCAACACUUCAAAAGCUGAAACUUAUCAAGCCCAAAUAUUUUAUAAGCACAGAACUAUACUGGGAUAAAUAUGGCGAAGCGCUUAAAUCAUUGGAUUUCAUUGAGACUUGGAUAACAUUAGACGAUGGUCCGGACUCGGCAAUUCCUGUAUCUCGCUUGAUGGCCACUGGUGUAGAUGUUCAGCUGUUUGAACCAGCUGCAGUGGACGGCCAGAGUGACGUGGCUAUAGCAUAUUACACUUCUGGAACUACAGGCACAAGCAAAAUCGUUUUAAAAAAUCACGUAAAUUUAUUUUUAAUGGCGGAUAAAGACGGAUUGAUGUAUGAUAACGUAAAAGUAAUAUACAGCGAAUGCGAAUGGUAUCACACCUAUGAUUGUUUUUUUACGAUGACGUUCAUGUUGGGAGGAAAAACCAUCGUCUACCAUCCCAACGCCACGCAAGAGACUAUCCUACACGAUAUUCUGCACUACAAGAUAAACUGCAUUGCAACAAUACCAUCUACCGUCAUACUGAUGUCUCAGCUCGAAAAUGUCACAUUUGAUUCACUCCAGGCAGUGCAUUGCUCAUGCAGCCACCUUCCAAAUAAAGUUAUUGAUAUCUUUAACACAAAAUAUCCAAACGUGAAGCUAUACCAGGCCUAUGGUAUGACGGAAGGAAGUCCCCUUGCGAGUGAAAAACCUGAACCUGGGAAAUAUAAAAAGGGUAGUCUCGGCAAACCUGUGUGCAAUACUACGAUAAAGAUAAUAGAUCCAGUGAGUAGACAAGUCCUCGGGCCCAACCAGCCUGGUGAGAUGUGGUUCCGAGGUCCAGUACUGAUGAAGGGAUACUUGAACGUCACCGCUCCUAUACUGGACGCGGAAGGGUUCUUCAACACUGGCGAUAUUGGAUACUAUGAUGAUGACCACUUCAUUUUCUAUAAGAAUAGAGCGAAGGAUUGUAUUGUUUAUGACGGAUUUGAGGUUGGAGUAGUGGACCUGGAGCACAUGUUGCUGAGUCACGAGGACGUGCAGGAGGCUUGUGUGGUCGGCAAGCCGGACCCUGUCUUCGGAGACCUCCCCACGGCCUUCGUCGUCUCCGCGCCCGGCGCUGACGUCACUGAAGAUGAACUCGUCACGUACAUCAAUAGACAGGUCGAGCACUACAUGUACUUGCGAGGAGGUGUGAAGUUUGUCGAUGAGAUUCCGAAGAAUAAGCGAGGGAAAAUAUUACGAAGAAAAUUGGUUGAGUUAUUAACUAAACAAUACGAGUAAAUCGAAAGUUACGUUUUGUUUUUAUCAAGAUAUUUUGAAACGGAGAGUUUUUGUAGACAUAGACAGUUUUUGUAGAGAUUGAGAAUGUAUUUCGUUAUAUGUCCGUUUUUUUUAAAAGUUGAAAACAGUUUUCUACAGGGAGGCCACAAUACAUAGUAUUUCAUGAUUGUAUUGUAUAAUUUGUAUA